UUCAUGUUUUCAUUAAAAAUAAAUAAAAAAAUAAUAAGUAAACUUUCGUAAAUCAUCAUGGCCUUAAAUUUUAUAUUUAAUCUCAUUAAGACAUAUGGAGUCAGUAAAGUUCAAAGUGCGAUCAAGGAAACAGAUAAAGAUGUUGGUGAAUACCAUGCCGAAACUGAAAAAUACGAGCCCCCUAUAGCAGGUAAAUCUAAAACAAAAAUAGGUUCUAAAAAACAAACUGAAUGUAAGAAAAAGCACUCGGAUCAGGACCGAAAAAAAGAAAAUGAGAUAACAAUAAAUCGAAAUAGCUGUGACGAUUUCAAAACGGAAAGAAGAAAGCCUAAAAAAACUAGUGAUCUAAAGCAGAAUAAAAAAUCUGGGAAAAAACGACGAAAGAUGAAGAAAAUUUCCAAUCAUCACAGUGGGUGUUCCGAUACUUCAGUCCAUACGAUUUGUACAAAGUCGUCUAGCACUGGAAUUCGUUUUUGUACAUGUGACGAGUACAAAACAACAAAAAAUCGGCCUAAAAAACAAACUCCUUUAAAACAGAAAAAAAAAUCGGCUAAAGAACGACGGAAGAUAAAGAAAAUUUCCAAUCUUCAAAGUUACGAUACAUCGGUCCAUACGGCUUGUACAAGCUCGUCUGAAACUGAAACUAGUUUUUGUACAUGUGACGAGUUUAUAACGAAAAAAACUCGGUCUAACAAACGAACUCCUCUAAAACAGAAAAAAAAACCGGCUAAAGAACGACGGAAGAUGAAGAAAAUUUCCACAAUUCUUAGUGAAAAUUCUGAUACCUCAUUAAAUGUGACAUGUGGAAAUUCGCCGGAAACUGAUAUCUGUACAUGUGGCAAAGAGCAACGAGGUCCACCAACAACUACAAAAAGGAAACAAAAAAAUUUGAACAAAUAUAGUAAACGCACCCCCAUGCUUGCAACGUGGGAUGGGUGUAAGCGAUCGCGUAAGAAGAAGCGGGCAAGAAAGUGCCCCAUGUGCCGCUUAUCACAUUAGAAUAAAUAGUAGUUUAAAGGUGCAGGAAAGAAUUAAAUAAAAAAGAUAGGUAUGGUCUAUUCCUGCUCCUGUUACCGCAACAACGUAACUACAUACCAAGCCACCAACCAAGUAUAUGUGUCACUUUUUUUUAUUAAAAAUCAUUUUUAAAAUAGAUUUGUAUGGAUAUUACCAAGCAGUAGCAUUCCAUUGAAGAUUUCAGAAAACUUUGUGGCAUGUUCAAAUACAAUUUUUAAGAUUAAACAAUUAAAAAUGGUUUUAUCUAAUUACUUUUGGUAACGAAAAUGAUAUGUGGAUUACUCGAAUCGGAAAUAAGCUGUUGGUAGAUAGCCAAUGCCUUUGAGACUGCUUUAAAAAUUCAUUAUCUUCUGUUUCCAACAAAUAUACUCUGAGUUACAGAUGGUUACCCACAACUGUUUGCUACUCAGUUCAAAGACGUUUAAAAACUCAAUAAUACCGAGGUCUCUCUCAAUUCCUUAUGCAUUUCUCAAUUGUAAAAGAAUCUGCAGGUCCAUUGGAGCCUAGAAUUUGACAAGUAAAGUAUGAAAAAUUACCAAAUCGGCGUUGUACGGUGGUCACUCAAUGAAUCAAGAUAAAUAUGACCGAUUCCAACAACUUUUCUGUGAUGACUUUGGAACUGAACUCUUUAUUCGGUAGAUGCUCCUAACUAAAUUACCGUAAAAUUUAAAUUAAAUUUAAAAUAAAAACUCGCUGUGUCAGAUCAUGAACAAAAUUAAAUUAAAAAUAAGUUUAAAUCAAACAUUAAAGAGGUAACAUAUAAUCGCGAUAUCGCCUAACGAGCUCGCCAAUAGUAAUAGUACAAAGCGGUGUCACCAUAAUAUUUGAUAACCGAGCUUGUUACGCCAGAUGCUGGAUACCUCUACCAUAUAUUUAUAUUCAACAAGUUUUAGGAAUAAAAUACAAGUUCACAUUUUUUUAA